CCCGUUCUGCCAUUCACACAAAAAAUCGCGGCGUCCACCGAAUGGAAUUUUGAAAUAAAAACUAGUUAACAGCACAGAGCGAUGAACGCAAACAAACGCAGAAGUUCGCUGCGCAAGGCGCCGACCAAGGAAGAUGAGACGACCACAGCCUCCGCGAUCAAACAACAAAUCAAGCGACGCAUCAGUUUCAGUGGCAAGAAAUCCAUCAGGGAAUUCGUCAACACCAAGGAGACCAACAACUGGGACGACUCGUACGAGGUGUCGGAGAACCAUGCUGAGGACAGCACGGCAUCGAAAUGCGGAUCAAGAACAGCAUCAGUUGCAAAGGUAGUCGAGUCUGCCGACAAGGAGAACAUUCCCUUGAGCGGGGUCUGCGAGCGGGAGCGUGUCGACCUGUCCGUGAAUCUCCAGAACAGCGUUGAUAUCACCCUGUUGCCCUGCGAAAUGGUGGACAAAUCCAUAAAGACCACCUCUGUAUCGUUUUGCUUAUCCUCCGAGGAGCGAAAAGUGUUGCAAAGCAGUCUCAGGGACCACCAGCUUGUGGACAAGACCAUGGAUAUGAUGUCCGGAUCUCUCGUAAACCGCAUUCAAAUCCCGUCAAGCGUUUGUGACGAAUCCUCCUUCAAAUUUCCACCCAAAGAGACAGAGAAGGGAGUACACACGCCAGCUGCCAAGGCUGUGAGUGACUCCUUCAUGGACAUCACGCCGUUAGGAUUUACUGAUCCUACUCCUGCUGCUCCUGCUAAUGUUGCUCCCGCUCCUGUUUCCGCUCCAGCUCCUGCUGCAACUGUAAAUCGUCCAAAUCAGCGAAGUUUAAUGGAUCUGGAAGAUGACAGCAUUAUGGGGGAGAUGCGUGAGUUUACCAAAAACCAGAAAAAAACUCCGGCGCAGAAAUCGCUUUUCAUAGAUAUAGAGGAAACCAAGAAUAAAACCCCACAUGGAGCUGGAGAUGCAUCUCACCCAUUGAAUGUUUCCAAUGACCGAGAUCGUUCGCCAUCAAACUCAUUUGAGAGCUUUAAUAGCACCAUGAACUUUACGAGAGAUGAGUCCAUGCUGAUACCAUUUGACAUGAUUUCGGGGAAAAACAUUAGCAAAAAAAUCAAUUUCCGUCAACUCAACGAAGACCUAGAGGCGGGUAAGAUCCAGAUAUUUCCAAAUGGGCCAAAAACUCCGACGACAGAUCGUAAGAACAAGAAAAAUCGAUUUUGGUGUGGACUGGAAGAGAAAGGAAGAGAGGAUAGUAGUCCAAAGCAGGAUAUACGGAGCAUAGUACCACGAGGAACGUUAAAUUUCAGUGAGAACAUGACCUUGUCGCCGACGAAAACAAGUCCAGUUCGAGAGGACAAGGAGAAACUGAAGGUGGUGGAUGAGAAGCCAAUGUAUAGACUGUCCCAAGCGGAUGAGGUGAUGCUUAACAAUACAAACUUCUUGGCUCAUGCCAGACUAGGCGACGAAACUCAGUCGAGAAAUACGUCAAAGAACUCGACGAGGAGGGAGACUACUUACGAAAACCCGGAAUUGAAUUUGGAAUACCCUACGAUGAGUCAGGACUUUGAACCCAUUCCGAGUUCCAAGCCUCGUAAGACUGAUUUCAAGGCUGAAGAAAUGCAUGUGAGUCAGAUAGAUUACCCUGCUAUUCCUGAAUUGAAAACUGUUCCCACCCGACGCACCUUGCAUCUCAAUGAAUCCAUGGAUCAUGAAGCUACAAAGUCUACGUACGUGAGAAAGGAUAUUUCGGUUACCACGCAGGUGACUAUCUACGAAAAAUCCACAACCAACGAACAGAACACCAACCAAAAACACACCUUCACUAAAACCAAACGCAGGGAUACGCUUUUGAUGCAGGAAAGCAUGGAGGAAGACAUCAUUAGUCCUCUCAAGGAUUUACAUUUAAAGCCCAACGCAACAGGCCAAUCCAAAGUGGACCAUACGCUUUAUUUAGCAGAACCACUUGACGAAACCACGGACUUAAGCCAAAGCAAAAUGUUACCUAAUAAAAAUGUUUCCCCUAAAAAUAACGAACUCAAAGCUAGGAGAACUAUGCUAAUAGAGGAACCCAUGGAAGAGGAAACAAACAGUAAAAUUGUUCACAAUUCCAAAAGGAGGACUCUCCACCUUGCGGAACCUCUGGAUGAGGAGGAAGUCAUUUCAAACGAGACCAUACCAAUGAAAGUAUACGCGGAUCAAAAAAUCAAAUCCAAGGGUCGGCAAACUCUUCUGUUACAGGAGCCCAUGGAAGAGGAAAUAUUUCAUAAUAUGGAAGAUCCACCUGAAUGUGAUUUGAAAAGAAACAAAAUGGGACCUCUGGAAUACAGUCAACUAAACCACGUUAAGAGUUUUACUUCGCUAAACAAAUCCAAAGAUAAAUCCAGGCGAACCCUCCUGGUAGAAGAACCAAUGGAGGUGGACCGGGAAGGUAACAGUAAAGAGCCGCAAAUGUAUAAUACUGCCAAAUCUGGAGAGGACCACGUACAUAAGAUAACCAAAUCCAGACAAACUCUUCUUAUGUCAGAACCUUUAGAGGAGGAUAUGUGUCCACUGCCAAAGAAUAAUUCAAUAGUGACGCAAAAAACUAUACAUGAAUCAUCUGAGCAGCAGCGAUCGAAAUCGAGGCACACUCAAUUAUUCUCUGAGCCUAUUGAAGAAGAACAUAUUCAAGAGCCCCUGCCAGCUGGAAGGGAUAAUGGUUCAGCUAGACAACAAAGAUUCAAGCCAAGGCAAACACUCAUCAUGGCAGAACCCAUUGAAGAAGAUGUUGGAGAGCCGGGAGUUAAAUCAAAUGCGAAUAGGGUGCAUGCCAACAUCACAGGUUCGUCGAUUUCCAAAGCAAGGCACACGCUUUUGAUGUCCGAACCAAUUGAAGAAGAUCUAAAGAUCGAGCCGUUCAACGAAGAGAAAAGCAAGUAUGCCAGCUCCAAUAGGACCCUAAAAUCGAGGCGGACCGUUUUGAUGGCGGAACCGAUACAAGAAGAGGGUAAUAAAUCUAUCGCUGACAAAAUAGGUGAAUCUCAUUACAAAUCUAACCGCACGGAAUUUACGAAAGAAUCUUCUGACGAAAUGGUAUUCGAAAACGCUCGCCAGCCAUCCAAACUUCGCCAAACUCUGCUGUUGGCAGAGCCUAUACAGGAAGAUAUCUGCAAUCAGUCUAAGGAUCAGCCGAAGCCACACCCUGUAUCUAAAGAUAAGAUCAGACGGGAGCACUCAAGACGCCACACGCUUAUUAAUGCUGAACCCAUUGAAGAGGAUUUGGACUUAUGCAAACCGCUGGAAAAUUUAAAGGAGUCAUCUUUAAGUGCCAGAAUUAUUCGGUCAUUCGCCGAACCCAUUGAAAAUGCUAUAUUUUCUAUUACUGAUCAAAUAUCUAAACAUCAAUUUUUGGAAUCUACUCAAACUCUUCCCAAAGCAGAGCGUAUAAAAAAAGAUUCGGAACCCCUAAACCAACUCCAGCAGAAACCGAGAAACACCCUUAUCUCGCAUGAAACUAUUCAAGAGGAUCUGAGAGCUGGAGAGAAAAACACUUCGGUUGGACCUCUGAGAUCCACAUACAGACAUACCCUUAUCAUGGCAGAGCCCAUCGAAGAAGAUACAAGUAUCCACAGUGUGACCAAACAAAAUAUGACUGCCAAAACAAGACAAACCUUGCAUAUACCGGUGCCCAUUGAGGAGGAUUAUAGUCCAAGCCAACAUAAGGAAUCUGAAACGGUCAAGGGCAGAACUACGCUGUUUUCUUCAGAGUCCAUAAAAGAUGCAUCCGUACAACAUGCUGGAUUUUCUAAAAAGGAAUCGAUGGGCUCGAAGGUUUCAGCGGAGCCCAUCACUGCUGAUUUGGUUUCCAAAAGGCCAGAGGUGUCACGACCCGGGGAAGUGACUUUACCCAAACAGAGCCAGGUUCCUGCUGCUUCGUCAUCCAGAAGACAUACAUUACUCUUAUCAGAACCCAUGGAAGAGGAUGUGGAGAUUUUUGGCCAAAACUACCACACAAGUGAGCGACAAAUUUCCGAAAAACCAGACGGAAACAUCCAUUUACCAAACAAGUCCAUGCAAAAGGAUGAGAUAGGCACUUCUCCCAGUGCUAGGACCUAUCAAUCUAUGGCUAUGUCUGAAUCGAUGGAGUUCCAAAGUCCGCCCUGCAGGUCAAGGGGCCCGGACUUUAAUGCAAUGACCCCGGGAAUGUCCUUGACUGAAUUUAUGGAUCAGGAGGAGAUAUGCAAGACGCCGAUUCACAAAAGAGUUCUCAUGACGUCUCAUCGGAAAAAAAUGUCCAUUAACCAACCAGUGGCGAUAGACCUUGAGGCAGAUGCCUGCGGCGUUGGAACUCCAAAAACUAUCUUCCAACUAAAGCGCCUACACACGCAUCUCACGCCCAAUCUUCCGGAGUCCAAGAAACGACACACGCCUUUGCUUACGAAUAGCAACACGGAUACCGAAAUGAAGGAUAAUCAGGAAGGUGCUUGGGGGACGACAAACAUUCAGCUGAAUACGCAGAACAAUAAAUUACGCAGGACCUUCACAGUGGACCAGUUGGAUGCGUCGGUGCAGACAGUAAGGGACUAUAAUCCUGUAGUGACUGAGUUUAAAAAACAGGGCAAUCUUAAUGUGCUGGUGCUGCCACGAAAGUCGGCAUAUGACGUGGAUCUAGAGGAGAGACCCCAAACUAUUUCCGAUGUGACCAAUUACUUCCAGGAGCAAAAGGAGGAGCAGGGCAAGUCUAGCGAUAGAGAGAGCGGCAGCUCCAACGAUAGAACCUUCAAGAGCUACGCCGCAACGAACUCAAAAUUCAUCAAUCUGACCGGGAACACCACCAUCUUUGCAGCCGGAGGAGGUUUCGACGGUAAGGACCAGCCCCUCCAGAUAGACAACGAGCAACUAAGUCUGGUUUCCACGCUGGCGGAGGAAACAGACGAUGAUUACGACGAGGAGGAGGAUCAGGAGCAAGAAAACCAUCACUUAAAAUCUGAAAUCUGUGAGGGUCAGCUGAAUCCAAUGGUAAAAGCUGGCAGCGAAGGCUCCUGCAGGAAGUGCACGAAUUGCAAUCAAACUUUUAGCGAAACGAGGCUUAGUAGCGAUUCAUUUGUCCUGCCACCUCAGAAAUUGUGGGACUUUUCGAAGCAACAGCAACGGUUGCGCAAUUUAAGACAGAAACCGUCUUGGAAGGAUGUGAAAAGUUACUGGGAAAUCGAGGAGGUGGCUCGGCUGUCCAUGAAUCAGGACUCUGACGAUUCAAUAGAGCAGACCAUGGUGGAGGAGGAGCCAACCAAGUGGAACAAGGCGGCGCUUCUAGAAAUGUGCAAGAUUCGAACUGCUCAACUGAAGGCCAUAGCCAAGCCGCCGGAAUCUUUUUUUAUAAGACUCAAACGUUUGCUGGUCGAGCAGCAGCCCAACUGGAUAUUCGACUACCAACGUAAAGUGUCCAAGCAAUUGAUAUUUUACCACCGACAGCUGACCACGUUCCGAAUCGUGGUGAACUACCAAAUCGAAGACUUGGUGGAUGAGACGACCAUUAGCGUGUGUUCCAUUGAACUAGACAAUGAGGUGCACACUCCAAAGGAACAAUGGUCAUCGCGUGAACACUUUUUAAACUUCCACUUAAGUCUCAGGCUGCCCCUGAAUCCUGGUGACGAGAUAGAUGGCAGUGAUGAGGCAGCUUUUUUAAAAUUUCUCAACGGCAUUGAUCGGAGAAUUGCAGAGGUCAAGCAAAAGUUUCACAAAGUUUUAACCCUUCUAGCGCAGAAGAGGGCGAUGCUUCUAAGAGAAGCAAAUCGAACUAUUGUCAGAAAGGUAGUACGAAAAUGCAUCGAGCAGGAACCCGUCGUGCGUCUCGAGAAGAUUAGUUUCCUUAUUGAAAUUGGCAAUAUUGAGGACGUUUCCUUCGCGGACAUCCUACGCCCUGAACUGCAUCUCUUCAAUGAAAACAUUCAGUAUCUGCCAAAGGGAAUUCCAUUUCUGGAAGCCUUUCUUACCGAUCCGGAGCAGUACCUUAGGAAAUAAAUCUGUAUAUUAGAGUGUAAAAUGAUUAUGUAUAAUAAGUAUUAAAUAAAAAUACAUGCA